AUGGAGCCGUCAAAAUCGGUCAGCAUCGAUGAAGCGCAGUACCGCAAUGAGGUUCUUCUGCUUCCAUCCGAAGAGGUCGAGAUUGCUCGGGAUAAACAACUAGUUGACGAAGCACAUGAACUGGGAUUAAAAGUUCCAGAAGUCGAGGUUACCGCAUCGGUGGCCGCCUCAAUCGCCUCGGGAAUCAUAGAUCUAUCCUCCCCUGUCUUGUCUGCCAGUUCCUCGACAGACCGCAACUCGAUAUGCGAGGUAACACAUUCUUUCGAAAAUCCUCGGUUGGACCAGGUUGCCUCGUCUCUUUCGGAACUAACCGUCUCCUCCGACCCCAUGAAAUGCGGCAGCCCCCGAUCGAUUGCAUCGCUCUCCACGCGCCCCACGUCACUUUGCUCGAGUGAAGGAAGACUGGUUACUGGUUUAGACGGGAUCUUUGCGGGGCAGCCAGGUCAUAGAAACUCGCUAUUGAGCCUAUCUUCGACCGACAAGAAAGAGAAGCGGAAAUCGAGCUUAAAGUCUGCCAUUGGCAGGAUUCAUUUCAGGAAGAAGAGAACGUCCUCGACGGUCCUCCUUCCACCCGCAGCUCAGAUUACCGUUGCUAGAGGGCAAGGGGGUGUGGAUAGGAUCUACGUGGAGUCGAGGCGGAGCGAGUCGCAGAACCCAAGUUCAGACGAAGAGAGCCAGGCCUUGAAAGUUGAAAUACCGAUUUACGAUAAGGAAACGCUGCAAAGGAGCCUUGAGAAUGAGGAGUUAGCCCAGCUGCGCGAAUUGCACAAGUCGGAAAGAGAUCGCCAUGCCGCCUUCCAAGACAGUUUCCUGAUGCAGCUCAGACGCAACCAGCAAGUUGCUGUGGCUGACAGGCUUUCGGAGAAUAAAGCCCUGGAGGAGCAGAAGCGAGCGAAGAACGAGGCCGACGCCGCUCGUAUGGAGGAACGGCAGCUUGCAGUCGAGAUGGAUCAGCUGCGUGAAUUUGAGAGGGAGAAGCAGAACUCCCGUACUCGCAUCAAGUAUAUGGAAGGAUACUUCAACAACGCCCAUCCCCCACCAAUAUCGGAUUCCGAGUCAAACUCCGGAUCCGACCAGACAACUCCGGUCCGCCAGUACACCAAUCAGCAAAAGUCCUUGCUGGCGCAGGAAUACCAUGACCACGAAUGCAUGGACCGAUUACACUCGGCCAAGAUCAAGGUCCUCCGAGACCGACAAGAAAUCCGACUACAGGAGGCCAUCGCGCGAAUGGAGAGGGAGCUGGACGCGCUCAUAGACAAGCAUGCAUUGGAAUUCGCUGAACUACAACGACAGCACCAGCAGGAAGAGGCGCUGGCAAUGCACGCAUUCGAGACGAAGAAGACGAAGCUGCGCCAUCGCUGGAACCUAGAAGAAGCCAUUCUGCGCAAGAAACUAGAACUACAACACGGACACCCGUACGGUCCUCUACCCCCACUCUCAUUCUCCGAUUCGCAUUACGAGACGCGGGACUCGGCAAUUUGUGUCUCGGAAAACAGUACGAACAUGAGCGGUGAUGAACAGACGCACCCGAAGGAAGGUGAGGAAAGUGAACCAGUGCAUUAA